AUGAGCAAGGCAGGCAACCCACAGAGACGCACCACCUACCUAAUUUCCCUCACUCUGGUGAAGGUUGAGGCUGUGCCAGAGGAUGUAGCAGGGAACCAGAGAGAGGCUCUUCCAGAGGGGGAAGGGAGCCCUAAGAAGAAGGAGGAGGAGGUGAGCAAUGCCCCUGAAAAGGAUGAAGGACCUGUAUGUAUACAAGUGGGUGAAAUAGAAAACACACCAGUGGGAGAAGAAGUGGAACAGGUGCAGUAUUGCAAGCAAAUGGUCAAAGUGUAUGGAGGAACCUCUGAGGGGGCUGUGCGCAGAGAGGGGCCUCGCUCGGACGCCAUGCGCCCUAAGACGGAGCUCUACCGAGAGCCUCCCAUGCUGUUCCUAAAAGGCGAAAAUGGAGCAGACCUGAACAUUCGAUCACGUUGCAGCCUCCCUUUUUCCAUCCCACCACAGGUCAGCCAGCGUCCUGAAGUCCUGAUGAGGUCACAUGCAGGAGGCAACUCUGCAUGCUGGAGGGAACUCAGAGAGGCCAAUACAAGCCUGUAUCACUCUGCUAGGACUUUGGAUCGAAGGGAUAACCGCUUCGGGGACCAGUCCCCAUUAAUGGCAGCUACAACUCUGGGGCCUUACAGGGCGUCCUGGGCCGACAGUGACGGCAGGGGCACGCUCAUUCGCCCCGGAGCUCCCAUCAGCGGAGGAUUUUCAGGCAUUAUGACCAGAGACAGCCCUCAGGGGGAGAGAUUUAAGACCGUCUCUGUUUCCUUGCCUGCACCUCCUGCCAUUGAUGUGUACAGGUCUCAAAGAAAAGGUACAAGUCGUACCCUGGACAACAGCGACCUACAUUCCCUCUCUGAGGACCUGAAGAAGGGGAAGGAAGGCCAGGGAGGAACAAUCCAGCGCGCUCCUCCCCGUGACAGAAAGAUGCUCAAGUUCAUUAGUGGCAUUUUCACUAAAAGUACAGCAGUGACAGCCAGCGUCAGCACCACACCUCCGCUCUAUCCUGCAGUGGAAAGGGGCUCGAGUGAGGAGGAAGCUGCAUGCACCAGCAGUCAAGAAUGGACCCUGAACCAAACUGUCCAAGAGCUUCACCUGGUAAUUUUGGGAGGUCUGUGUAGUGGGAAGUCCGCUCUGGUCCACAGACACUUGACAGGAAGUUACCUUCAGCUGGAGAAUGCUGAGGGGCGCCAAUACAUUAAGGACGUCCUAGUUGAUGGACAGAGCCACCUGUUGAUAAUCAGAGAGGAGACAGAACUCCAGGGUGCUCAAGUGGCUUGCAACUGGUUGGAUGCAGUUAUCUUGGUCUUCAGUUUGGAAAAUGAGGCCAGCUUCCAGAAUUUACAGAAUCUACCACAGCUGGCCACCCACCGGCCCGUUUCUGAGAUACCUUUCAUAGUAGUUGGUACUCAGGAUAAGAUUAGCAGCACCAACCCCAGAGUAAUAGAUGAUACCAGGGCCAGACAGCUCUGCUCAGAUGUGCGGCGCUGCACCUAUUAUGAAACCUGUGCAACGUACGGCCUCAAUGUGAACCGAGUCUUCACUGACGCUGCUCAGAAGAUCAUGGCAGCCAAGAAGCAAGCUGCUCUCUCGGCUUCCUGUAAAUCUCUCCCAAACUCUCCCAGUCACUCUGGAGGUUCCACCCCAGUGUCGGCCAGUAACGGUGGUCAGAGCAGUGAUUACUCUUCAUCCCUUCCCUCAACUCCUGUGAUCAGUCCUAAAGAAAUCGGCAAAACAGUGAGAGGGGAAAAGCACGACAGUGCCACGCCUGGGUCUGUCCGCAGUGCCACCCGGAGACGCACCUCCAGAUUUGUGGGUCGGAGAGGCAGUGACUCUAACAGAAGGAGUGCAGACUGUAAGGGAGAUCUGGGAAGUGGACGCUCCAUUCCCAUCAAACAGGGCAUCUUGCUAAAGCGCAGUGGGAACUCGCUCAACAAAGAGUGGAAGAAGAAAUAUGUCACACUGUCCAACGAUGGCAUACUGUCCUAUCACUCCAGUGUCAAUGACUACAUGCUGAAUGCACCUGGCAAGGAGAUGGACUUGCUGCGAGUGGCGGUGAAGGUACCAGGAAAGCGACCACCUCGUGCUGUACCUGCCUGCGGCCUUCCAGUCGGGCUCAACGGGCGUGUUAAAGACACGCCGGGACCUGAGGGUGUCGCCAGCAGCCUCCUGCAAGUGGAGGAAAUGGAAGGGCUGGGUGGGGCACUGUUUCUGAGGGGCAACAGAGGCGUGCAGCGAUGUCCUUCUACACUCUCCAACCACGCUCAAAGUGUUGACUCUGCAGUUGAAGGUGUGUCCAGCUCAUCCUCCACUAAAGACGUAGGUUCCUCAUCCCCGUUGACGGACAGGAAGAAGCAUCGCAGAAAGAAGAGCAUGAACCAGAAAGGAGAUGCAAACAUUGGACAAGCAGAUGCCAAGCGCAAAAUGUGGAAACUUAAAAGCUUUGGUAGCUUAAGAAACGUAAGCAAGACAGAUGAAGAUAACUUUGACUUCCUCAUCGUGUCGAGCACCGGCCAGACGUGGCACUUUGAAGCCCAGAGUGUGGAGGAGAGGGACGCCUGGGUCCAAGCCAUUGAGAGCCAGAUCCUGGCCAGCCUGCAGCUGUGUGAGAGCAGCAAAAAUAAGGCCCGCAAGAACAGCCAGAGCGAAGCAGUGGUUCUGCAGGCGAUCCGCAACGCAAAGGGCAACAACUUUUGUGUUGACUGUGAUGCUUCAAAUCCAACCUGGGCCAGUCUGAACCUGGGCGCUCUCAUAUGCAUUGAGUGUUCAGGGAUCCAUAGGAACUUGGGGACCCACCUGUCGCGUGUUCGCUCGCUAGACCUCGAUGAUCUGCCACGAGAGCUCACGCUGGUUCUCAGUGCCAUCGGCAACUACAUGGUCAACAGCAUAUGGGAGGCUCGCACGCUGGGCAGCCGUAAACCGGCACCCGAUGCUACACGUGAGGAACGGGAGUCGUGGAUAAGAGCCAAAUAUGAGCAGAAACUGUUUGUGGCGCCGUUGCCGCCUCCCACUCCUCGCGAGGGCCCAGACGUCACACUAUCUGGCCGUCUUCUUCUGGCAGUGAUGGAGCACAACCUUCCCAAGCUGCUGCUCCUUUUGGCCCACUGCACUAAGGAGGACAUUAAUGCCCCUCUCAGCCUGGCGCUCUCCUGCAGGUCACUCUUAGCGUUGCGACUGCCCGGCUCUCCCCUGCACGCUGCCUGUCAACAGGCUGAUGUGGUGAUGACGCAGCUUCUUGUUUGGUAUGGCUGUGAUGUUCGGCUCCGGGUUCAGGGGCACACAGCUCUGGUUCUGGCUCGCAGUGCUGGCUGCCAGGAGUGUGUCGAUCUACUCCAGUACGGAUGCCCAAAUGAACCGGCCUCUCCUUCUCCGUCGCCACGACAAUCUCGCACAAGAAGCGGCGGCGCCAGCUUGAGUUACAGCACCUCUAGAAGAGCAGUGUCAUAAUCGAAAUGUGGUGUGGUAAAGUGUGUGCGUGUGUUUUUGUGAAUGAGAGAGCGUGUUGCUUUGCACUCAUACUGUCCUGUACCUUCCACAGGACUAUUGAACA